AUGACCUUUGUGAUCGUGAUUAUGGUAUAUCUGCGCUGGCUGGUAACUUGACUAGAAAAGUUUUCAGAUACAACAUGUUUGAUAACGACGACACGGAAGAGGAUGCCUUCUUUGAAGAGGACUCUUCCGAGGUGAUUAUCAAGUCUGCUCGCCUUUGCGACGAGCAGGAGAGUGCUCGCCUCUUUGGGUCGGACUCACCAUGGUUUCCGUUUCAAGACGAUCUUGAAACGAAUCCACACGUGACUGAAGAUGGACAAAACAUACAUUUUUCCUUAGCAGAUAGCGGCAGCAGCAGUAGCAGCAGCGGCAGCGAUGGCGAAGUAGUUCUUGGUGAGGACGAGGACCUGGUUGACACGGCUACAUCUUCCAACCAAGUCCAGCAUCUGAAACGCGAAGGUCCACGGCCCAAGCGAGACAGGGAGGAGGACGAAGAAGACAGACAGACCCUGGUCGGCAUUACAUCAGACCUCGAAGCGGUAGACUUGGACAGUCUCGAACGCAAGGAAAACGGCGAGAGUAGUCAGUUUGACGAUGGAACACAGGAUCUUCGGCCCGUCUCGGAUGAAGUUUUGGUGUUCGAAAUGGAUAUCUCUCCGGAGGAGAGGAAUGGGCCAGUUACGACAACGUCCGAGUCAUGACGACGCUAGGUAGCGUGACACACGUAUCGAUGUCUAUUUCUUUCUCACAUUUACAGGCUUUUGUUGUCAUCCCGGUACAAGCUUUUUCCGAUUGAUCGA